AUGUCAUUGAUUAUAUUCAAACCUUCUGGUAAGAUUGAAUAUCAGUUUAAUAAUAAAAUAUAUCCAUUUAAUGAAUUCAUAUCAAAUUUAAUUAAUAAAAUUAAUAUAAAUAAUCUUGAUACGAAUUUUAAUUCGACAAUUAUCAGUAAUAAGAAAUUCUAUAAUUAUAUUAAAGAUGAUAUUUAUAUUGCAUUAUAUUUUGAUUCAAUUACAACUAUUGACAUAGAUAAAAUAAAAUCUACGUUGAUUAAUAUUUAUAAAACUUAUAAGAAAUUUGAAGACGAACCUGAUGACAAAAUGUCACAAAUGAUUGCUUUACAAUUUAAUCAAUUAAUGAAAUUAAAAAUUGAAAAAGAACCAAUAAAAGAAAAGAAACCAGUUAAAAAAGAAGUUAUUAAAGAAGUUACUUCUAAAAAAAUGAGAAAAUGGGAUGCUUCUGGUGAAAUUAUAGAAUCAACAGAUCAAAUUUUAGAUUUUUCAACUGAUAAAGGUGAACGUGAAUUUGAUUUUAAAGUUGAUGAUUCAGCAUUUACAAGAAAUAAUGAUAUGGUUUUAGUUAAUGAAUUAAAUGAUAUCUUAAAUGAAGAAGAGGAGGAGGAAGAACAAGUUAAAACUGGGUUUUUCUCAAAAGUUUCUUCUUAUUUUGGUUCUUCAGUUGAUAUAGAUACAAUUUCCAAAAAUUUUUUAGACCAUUUAAUAUCGAAAAAUGUUACUCCUCAAGUUGCUCAAGAAAUUAUUAAUAAUAUGAAGACAAAAUUAUCUAAAACAAAGAUUACUGAAAAAGUAUAUAAAGAAGCUUUAACUAAUGAACUUACAAAAGUAUUAACUCCAAAUGCAUCAUUAGAUCUACUUCAAUCUAUUAAAAGCAAAAAAGAGCCGUAUGUUAUUUCCAUUGUAGGUGUUAAUGGUGUUGGUAAAUCAACAAAUUUAGCAAAAUUGGCAUAUUGGUUAUUGCAGAAUAAUUUAAAAGUCUUGAUUUGUGCAUCUGAUACAUUUAGAUCAGGAGCUGUUGAACAAUUGAAAAUACAUGUGAAUAAUCUUAAGAAAUUAAAUGAUUCAAUUGAUUUGUUUCAACAAGGGUAUGGUACUGCAGAUUUUGCAGUUCAAACUGCAAAAAAUGCUAUUAAAUUCGGUAAAGAACAUGGAUAUGAUGUUAUAUUGGUUGAUACAGCAGGUAGAACACAUUCUAAUACAAAAUUAAUGGCUCCUUUAAAGAAAUUUGGUGAUUCUGUAAAUCCAGAUAAAAUUAUAAUGGUUGCUGAGGCUUUAGCUGGUACAGAUUCAGUUGCACAAGCUGAUAGUUUUAAGAAAGCUUUUGGAAAUAAUCGUCAUAUCAAUUAUUUUAUAGUUUCCAAAGUGGAUACAGUUGGUAAUUUAAUGGGAACUUUAAUAAAUUUAAGUGCUGCUACAAAUACAUCAAUAAUUUUCAUAGGUACUGGUCAAACAUAUACUGAUUUGAAAAGAUUGAAUAUUAAACAAGUUGUGAAUAGUAUAUUAAACUAA